UACAAAGACACGGAAGUACGUAAACACUACGGAACCGACUCACUGGUCACACGUGGGAUAUCCUGUCGCGUUGAAAAACAUGGCGAAAGGCAAAGAAGUAAACAGCGCUUCCAAAGAAACACAUGGAGAGGAGAACGACCAAGAUCAACCAGCUAUGAACACGCGGACCCGCAGUGGCAGAUUGGUGCGUCGCCCAUCCGGGCAGCAGUGCAAUGCAACCCCGGCGAGAGCGCCAAGUAAGAGGACCAGGAGGUCAGUCAUAGCAGAGCAGAAAGAACCUGAGGAACAGGCGCCUGAGCUGGUAGAUGAGAAGCCCGUGGUGUUUGUUGAACCUGAGGCGGCGGAGGAGAGGUCCGAGGUGCCUUUUGAACCGGACAUGGUGGAGAAAACAGAGGUGUGUGUUGAACUGGAAACUGUGGAGAAGCCCGAGGUGCGUGGUGAACCGGAGGCUGUGGAAGAGAAGCCCGAGGUGCAUGGUGAACCGGAGGCUGUGGAAGAGAAGCCCGAGGUGCGUGUUGAACUGGAGAUGGUGGUGGAGAAGCCCGAGGUGUGUGUUGAACCUGUGCCGGUGGAGGAGAUGCCCGCAGAAUGUGUCCGACAGGAGCAGGAGGAGCCUCGCACAGACACCGCAUCCGAGGUGGUCAUAACUGGUAUAGUGUCUCAAGCCGCGCCGACAGAAAGAGCUCCAACGACGCAAGGGAUAAAGUUGCAACCCCCAAAGAAGAAGCCUUGUCUGGAUAAAAGUAUGAAAGACUCUGUGGUUAUUCCUUUGGGGAAGCCAAAGUCGGGGAGGGUGUGGAAAGACCGCAACAAACAGAGGUUUUCCGCAUUGGUGCGAGAUGUGUCGCUGUGCACCACCUGGGAGAAAAAGAUGCAGGCCAAACGAGAGAAGCAGAUGGUGCAGAAGUACAUGUUGGAACUGAAAGAGCAAAAAGCCAAAGUGAAAGAGGAGAAACGGAAACGCCGAGAGGAGAACUUGAAGCGGCGCGAGGAGAACGCACGCAAAGCGGAGAUAGUGCAAGUGAUCCGAAACACAGCGAAGAUCAAGAGGAUGAAGAAGAAGCAGCUGAGGAAGAUCGAGAAGCGCGACACGCUGGCGCUGCUGGAGAAGUCCAACAAUAACAACCAGAAGAGCAACCAGAAGCAGAACAGCAAAGCCAAGCCAGCAAAGAAAAAUAAGAGUGAAAAUCUGACCUGAAGACUUCAUGUUCUUUCUCUAAUGUGGUAAUUAACAGAGAAUAUAUACAGUAUGUACAGAUAAUCUUAUUUUCUGACUAAGAGUCAGAAUCAAACCAUUUCUCCACAAUAAUUAAAUUGUUGUUUUACAGUUCCCCAGGUUUCAACCUGCUACUUUUCCAUUUGAAAGAUUUUGUAAUAAAGAAUACCCUGAAAAUACAUUGUUUUUUCCAU